AUGUUUGCUGAUAUCAAUUAAAUCCUAUUGGUUUGUACCUGUUGGAACUUAACGGUAUUAUGCUAGUUAGAGGGGUUUGAGUCUACUAAAAUAUCAAAACAGAAGUCGUGCAAGAGUAAACCCCUUUCUGUGAUAAAUGCUUAUUUCAUACAAAUGUUUAGUCAAGAAGAAAAGUGUGGCAACCGUGAUUACAUUAUCUGUGAGGAAUCCAAUCUUUGAAAAACUGCAUUUAAGUUGCAAAUACUUUUUAAUCAAAAUUGUAUAACUUUGGUAAUGUCUGACGAAGAUGAUUAUAUGUCGGAUAAGUUCCUUUGUGGAGACGUUCGGCCUAGCCUUGUACAACAACCCAAUAAAAAAAGACAGAUUUCAUUGGAGGAGAAGAAAAAUGAACAUAUUAAGCGUCAAAAGCAAGAAAGUAUGGCACGCAAAGGAAUUGUGAAUAAUAAAUCAUUAGAAGAAUCGCUCAAAAAGCCAAUAGAGAAUCAGAACAAGGGCUUUCAAAUGCUUGCUAAAAUGGGCUAUAAACCAGGGGAGGCACUUGGCAAGAAAAUGUCUGGUGAAGAAACAGAUAGCCGCCUUAUUGAGCCAAUUGGUAUCAGCAUAAAAUCUGAUAGAGGUGGUUUAGGCCGUGAAACAGCGUUACGUGAUUUAGCCGAACGUCGACGACAAAAACGUGAGCAACAGCUACGAAAUCGGCUCGUUGGAGGUGAAACUGUAACGGUAGAACAAUUUCGUAAACGUGCACAGGAAAAAGCCGACGAGCGAUUUGCAAUUGGUGCCUUAAAGCGAAGUCAGUUAUCCUGUGAAACAUUGGAUUUAGAGAACGGCAUCAAAGAAGCCGAGCUUAGUUGGUUUUGGCCUGAACGCAAUGAAAACGUAAAUGAGGAAGGUUCGGACGAAGUAGCCAACGAAACGAAUGAAAGCGCUGGAGUGAAUGAUAAUGAGGAAGAAUAUACCUCCGCGGAGAAAUUAGAAAUACUUACCAGUUAUUUGCGCACAUCGUACAAAUUUUGUUUCUGGUGUGGGGUACGUUACAAAGAUCAAGAUGAUAUGAACAGCAAUUGUCCGGGAGAAUCGCGGGAUGAACAUUAAAUAAUGUUUUCAAUCGUAAUCAAAUAAGUUAACGGGAUAAUUCGACUUAUUGUUAUUCUAUUUAUUUUAAGAAAUAUAGAAAACUACUUUAAGCUAAAA